GUCUCGUAUCAAACACCUGUGAAGCUCCGAGGAGGAUGUGAAAGCUGCAGAUUUUCGGGUCGUCGCGGGCUGUUUUUCUCGCUUAAAACCAGUUUUCACGGCGGAGUGAAGAGUCUCAACGCGGAGGCGGGAUGAUUCUAGCGGCGUACGUGUCGUUUCUGCUGCUGGCGUCGCCGGCCGGAGCGGCCGGAGCGGCCGGAGCAGCUGGAGCGGUUGGAGCGGCCGCGGGGGACGACGAGUGGGUCCAUCUCCCCAACAAAUGUGAAGUCUGCAAGUUCGUCAGCAUCGAGAUGAAGUCGGCGUUCCAGGAGACGGGGAAGACCAAAGCCGUCAUCGACAGCAACUACAACUUCAUAGACGGGAAGGGGGCGCCGCCCAUCAAAUACGUCAAGUCAGAUCUGCGGUUCAUCGAGGUCGUGGAGAACGUGUGUCAGAGGCUGCUGGGUUACAACCUGCACAAAGAGAGGACGGGCAGCAACCGCUUCGCCAAGGGCAUGUCGGAGACCUUCUCCACCCUCCACGGCUUGGUGAAUAAAGGCGUGAAGGUGGUGAUGGACAUCCCCUACGAGCUGUGGAACGAGACCUCAGCCGAGGUCGCCGACCUCAAGAAACAGUGCGACGUGCUGAUUGAAAAGUACGAGGACGUGAUCGAGGACUGGUACAAAGGCAGCCAGGAGGAAGACCUGACCUCGUACCUGUGUGAGAAACACGUGCUCAAGGGACAGGACAAAGCCUGCCUGGGUGAGGACUGGUCUCCGAGCAAGAAGGGCGACCCGGCGUCCAUCGCCGAGGACAAGAAGAAGAAAAAGAAGAAGAAGGGAGGAAAGAAGGCGGAGGGAGGGGACGGCUCCGACGGAGAGAAGGCCUCCAAGAAAAAGGAGAAGAAGAAAGUGAAGAAGAAGAAAAAGAGCAAGGCUCCAGUGGAGAAGGUGGAUGGAGGGGCGGCGGCGGAGGAGGGAAUCCAGCCGCAGGUGCCUCUCCCCGGGCAGAAGACGGAGCUGUGAGGCCUGGACCGGGUCUGGACCGUCGGGCGCCGGUCAAAGGCCGGUGAUGUCACAGCUUCUCCUGCGUCACGGACGGCGUUCAUGAACCUCCCACGUCUCUCCGGCUCCAGGCCUUUCAAGGCCCCGUCGUCUUUGCCUAAAAGUCCCGUCGUCUUUGCCCGAAGGUCCCGUCGUUUUUUCCCGAAGGUCCCGUCGUCUCUGCCCGAAGGUCUGGUCGUCUUUGCCUAAAGGUUCCGUCGUCUUUGCCUAAAGGUCCCGUCGUCUUUGCCUGAAGGUCCGGUCGUCUUUGCCUAAAGGUCCCGUCGUCUUUGCCUAAAGGUCAGGUCGUCUUUGCCUAAAGGUCCCGUCGUCUUUGCCUAAAGGUCCGGUCGUCUUUGCCUAAAGGUCUGGUCGUUUUUGCCCAAAGUUCCGGUCGUCUUUGCCUAAAGGUCUGGUCGUCUUUGCCUAAAGGUCCCGUCGUCUUUUCCUAAAGGUCCGGUCGUCUUUGCCUAAAGGUCCGGUCGUCUUUGCCUAAAGGUCCGGUCGUCUUUGCCUGAAGGUCCCGUCGUCUUUGCCUGAAGGUCAGGUCGUCUUUGCCUAAAGGUCCGGUCGUCUUUGCCUGAAGGUCCGGUCGUCUUUGCCUGAAGGUCCGGUCGUCUUUUCCUAAAGGUCCGGUCGUCUUUGCCUAAAGGUCCGGUCGUCUUUGCCUAAAGGUCCGGUCGUCUUUGCCUGAAGGUCCCGUCGUCUUUGCCUGAAGGUCCCGUCGUCUUUGCCUAAAAGUCCCUUCGUCUUUGCCUGAAGGUCAGGUCGUCUUUGCCUAAAGGUCCCGUCGUCUUUGCCUAAAAGUCCCGUCGUCUUUGCCUAAAAGUCCCGUCGUCUUUGCCUAAAAGUCCUGUCGUCUUUGCCUAAAAGUCCCGUCGUCUUUGCCUAAAGGUCCCGUCGUUUUUGCCUAAAAUUCCCGUCGUCUUUGCCUAAAGGUCCCGUCGUUUUUGCCCAAAGUUCCCGUCGUCUUUGCCUAAAAGUCCCGUCGUUUUUGCCCAAAGUUCCCGUCGUCUUUGCCUAAAAGUCCCGUCGUCUUUGCCUAAAAGUCCCGUCGUCUUUGCCUAAAGAUCCCGUCGUCUUUGCCCAAAGUUCCCGUCGUCUUUGCCUAAAAGUCCCGUCGUUUUUGCCCAAAGUUCCCGUCGUCUUUGCCUAAAAGUCCCGUCGUCUUUGCCUAAAAGUCCCGUCGUCUUUGCCUAAAGAUCCCGUCGUCUUUGCCUAAAAGUCCCUUCGUCUUUGCCUAAAGGUCCCGUCGUUUUUGCCCAAAGUUCCCUUCGUCUUUGCCUAAAAGUCCCGUCGUCUUUGCCUAAAGAUCCCGUCGUCUUUGCCUAAAAGUCCCUUCGUCUUUGCCUAAAGGUCCCGUCGUUUUUGCCCAAAGUUCCCUUCGUCUUUGCCUAAAAGUCCCUUCGUCUUUGCCUAAAGAUCCCGUCGCUUUUGCCCGAAGGUCCAGUCCUUUUAAUCUUGGCUUUUAUUCGAGCGGUUUGAAUCGACGGCUCGGUAACGGCUCGUACCCAGAUCCACGUCCCCCCCCCGUUACCGUGGCGUCGGGACGACGGGAACCGACCUGUCGGAUCAGCUAGUUACGCUCUUUUCUUUUUAAAUAGAUGAAGUUUUUCUCUGGAUGAUUAUUGAUCGCUGAUGAACAUUUGUAUAGUUGAAUUUAAGGAUGAUUUGUGUUCAGCUUCAGCUCCAACUGUCGAUCUCUUCAUCCCAGGCGCCGCUCAACACGUGAAAUCAUGUUUCACUUCCACCUGCGCCGUUUUUAAAACCUCCGAUUUCACCAAAAGUUUCUUUGAAACUUGAAAUUGAAACUUUUUUAUAUGAAUAAGUUUUAGAUAAGUUUUAAAUAAGUCUGCAGACUUUAGAAGGAUCACGCGUGCAGCUUAAUAACGUUUUUACACUCAAAGUAGAGAUUUUAAAUGCUGAAGAAGACCUUUACAUCGUUUCCUGUCGUCGUCGCACAUUUACCCCCAAACGGAGAGAUGCUUCGACACUUCGUCAGACCAGAACUUUUCUUUUUUUUUUUUUUUUAAAUGCAAAUAAAUAAUAAAAAUAAACAAAUAACAAAACAGAAGUCGGAACGGUCCCAACUUUAACAUGAUCUUCCAACGAAGAAAAAACAGCAAACGCUUUCUAAACCUUUAAACACCCUGAUUUUAAGCUGAUAAACUGACUCAAGUGUGACUGACUCGGAGCCUGCGGCAUGCUGGGAAACUGUUCUGGUCUCAUGAGACGAAGCUCGGCGCCUCUGGACCUAAAUCUAAAUGUGUGUUUUGGUGUGAAGCCAAUACAUCCAUGGUGAAGACUAAUGACUUUCAGAACCGGCUGUACCGGGUUCUUCUCUCCAAAGUGUUGCUCUGUAUCGUCUCAUUUUAAGUAUUUUACUGGUUAAAAGUGAGCGUUGAUACAAACGCCAGUUAAGAUUCACGUGUGCGACUCCGGGAGUGUGUUUGUGUGCGUGUUUUUACAAGAUUUCUAUGCUGAAAUUAAGAUGCUGGAUGUGUUGUCAUGGAGACGAGCCGAAUCAUUAAAACGCUUGAAAAUAACAAACGAGA